AUGGAGAACUUUUCCUCGGACGUACCCAAAAUCCCCGACUACAAAUUGUCAGAGAAGCAAUUUUUGCUUUCCAUUCCCGAAGUGGACGAUCGCCACCGACAAGAAACCGUUGAGUUUCUUGUUGAAGAAAUCAAGAAGGAAAAGUUGGGUCCUUAUUAUAAGUACUUGCAUCAGGAGUACCCUUCAUUGGUUACUUGGGAUGAAGAAUUGUAUAAGAAUAUAGCCGCUGAGAAUGAAGAUACCAUCAAUGGAUUGGAAAGUAAGAUUAAAUCUGCACAAGAUGAUGAAACUGAGUUGGAUUUAUAUACUCAAACCAUGAAAUUGGCUGAGUAUUAUACCAGAAUAAUUGAUCGUUCCAAUGCAACCGAAACAUUAAAGAAGGCAUUAGAAUUGACUUCAAACACCGGGUAUAAGAUUGAUAUCUUAUUAACGUUAACCAGAAUAGAGUUCUUUUUCAAUGAUUACAAGUUAGUCAAGCAUUAUUUGGAUCAAUCCAAAACAUUGAUUGAUAAAGGUGGUGAUUGGGAACGUAGGAAUCGUUAUAAGGCUUAUAAUGGGAUUUAUCUUUUGGCUACAAGAGAUUUUGUUAAUCUGUCAAGCUUAUUGAUUGACUCUUUAGCAACUUUCACUUCCACUGAGUUAUGUAAUUAUGCUCAAAUUGCUCAAUAUGCUAUUAUUUCCGGUGUUAUGUCUUUGGAUAGAGCAAAUUUGAAUACUAAAAUCAUCAAUUCUCCUGAAGUGUUAUCGAUUAGCUCGACUGAUGACUCUGAAUUCUUAGAACCAGCUAUCAAUUUGACUAAUUCCUUGUACACUUGUCAAUAUAAUUAUUUCUUCAAAUACUUGUUGGAAACUCAUGAUACCUUGAUCUUGAACAACAAGUAUUUAAGACAACAUGCUAAUUAUUUCCUUAAGGAAAUGAGAUGCAAAGCUUAUUCCCAAUUAUUGGAAAGUUAUAAAUCAUUGUCUUUAAAAUCAAUGGCUCAUUCUUUCGAUAUUUCAGAAGAUUUCUUGGACGAAGAUUUGUGCAAAUUUAUUCCAAACAAUAAAUUGAAUUGUACUAUCGAUAAAGUCAAUGGAAUCAUUGAAACAAAUAGACCUGAUAACAAAAACAGUCAAUACCAUUCAUUAAUAAAGCAAGGUGAUGGGUUGUUAACUAAAUUACAGAAAUAUUGUGCUGCUGUUAAGUUAAGUGGUGCUGAAAGGGUAUAG